AGAACUCACACAGCUCUUGGCCUGAGCCCCCGUUACCAGAGAAAGGAGGUUUUGGCCAAGGACUCAGGGGAGUGGACUCUGUUUGGGACCCAGCCCUCCCCAAGACAUUGAGUGUGCCGAGCGGGGCCUCCAGACACAGCCCCUCCCGCCCCACCCCAGCCAGGGUGGUGCCUGUGUGGGAAGGAUUGAAAUCCAGCUGCCAGACCCCUGGACGGCAGAGGCAGAGAGUGCCGGCCACCAUGCACAGCUCCGGCAGUCUCCGGGCCCUUCUGCUGCUGCCACCACUGCUGCUGGUGGCCACCACAGGCCCCGCCAGAGCCCUGGAGGAGGACGAGAAGCGUGCAGUGGUGGAGCUGCACAACCUCUACCGGGCCCAGGUGUCCCCGCCUGCCUCGGACAUGCGCCGGAUGAGAUGGGACGAGGAGCUGGCGGCCUUCGCCAAGGCCUACGCCCAGAAGUGCGUGUGGGGCCACAACAAGGAGCGCGGGCGGCGCGGGGAGAACCUGUUCGCCAUCACCGACGAGGGCGUGGACGUGCCGCUGGCCAUGGAGGAGUGGCACCACGAGAGGGAGCACUACAACCUCAGCGCCGCCACCUGCGACCCGGGCCAGAUGUGCGGCCACUACACGCAGGUGGUUUGGGGCAAGACAGAGAGGAUUGGUUGUGGUUCCCACUUUUGUGAGAAGCUCCAGGGAGUUGAGGAGACCAACAUCCAUUUACUGGUGUGCAACUAUGAGCCCCCGGGGAACGUGAAGGGACAAAGGCCCUAUCAGGAGGGAACUCCGUGCUCCCAGUGUCCGCCUGGCUACCGCUGCGAGGACUCUCUCUGUGAACCCAUCAGUGGCCCGAAAGAGGCGCAGGACUUGCCCUCUCUGGUAACUGAGGCCCCAUCCACUCUGGCAACCGAAGCCUCGGGCUCUAGGAAAGCCGGCGCUCCUUCCCUAGCAACAGAGAUUCCACGCUCCUCUGUAACCGAGGUCUCGGGCUCCCUGGCAACCAAGGCCCCGCCUACUGUAGAAACAAAGGCUCCAUCCUUAGCCACGAAGGAGCCCUCCUCGAUGGCAACCGAGGCUCCGCCUUCCCUAACGAGCGAGGUCCCUUCCACGUCGACAGCUCACUACCUGCCUGCCUUGGAUGAAGGGCUAGGCGCCGUCCCCAAAUCGACCCAUGUUUCUAUUCCAAAAUACGCGGACAAAGUAGACAGCAAGACAAGUGCACCCUCCAUGAGCCCAGAGAGAGCUCUUUACCCCAGGACGUCCCUAACAGGGACAAGGGAACCCCCACCCCGUGCACAGGAAGAAGCUGAGGCAGAGGCCGAGCUGCUCCCUUCCCGUGAGAUCUUGGCCUCAGAUUUUCCAGACCAGGACAAACCAGAUGAGCCGCAGGCCACCCUGGACCACACGGGGCACACCUCCUCCAAGUCCCUGCCCAAUUUCCCCAAUGCUUCUGCUGCUACUAAUGCCACGGGUGGGCGUACCCUGGCCCUGCAGUCAUCCCUGCCAGGUGCAGAGAGCGGGGAGUGGAGGCUGAACUCCGGUCACGUGUGGGGUCCUCCCCCAGGACUAGUGCUGCUGCCUGCCGUGAUGCUGGCUGGAAUCUUCUGAAGGGGACACAUUCAAAGGAUUGUUUUGGCUCUUCUGGGACCUCCUUGGAUUUCCAUAGGAAUUUUAGGAUCAGCUUGUCAAAUUUCUGCCAAGAAGUCAGCAGAGUUUUUAUUAGGGAUGUGUAAUCUGCCACGUUAAAUCAUCCAUGAAUAUGGGAUGUCUCCCCACUUAAAUAACUCUUCUUUCUUUCAACAAUGUUUUGUAGUUUUCAAAGUUUUGCAAAUUUUUUUUGUCAAAUGUUCCUAUUUUAUUAUUUUAUGCUACUGUAAAUGAAAUUGUUUUGUCAGUUCAAUGUAUAGAAAUAGUUUUUCAAAAUAUUGUUCUUGUAUCCAGCCACCUUGUUGAACUUAUUGAUUAGUUUUUAAUGGAUUCCUUAAGAUUUCCUAUAUAUAAAUCAUGUCAUCUGCAAAUAGAUCAUUUUUUACUUA